CGAGUUUUAAUGUUGAUGGGAAGCACAUAAGUACCAAUCCCAUUGAAUUCUUGGUUGUUGGACCAGAUUGGCCUGGGCCUGAUUUAGUGUUAGGAGACCCAUGUGAAUCCGAAACUGAACCUGAGACAGACUCUUCCGAUCCAGAUCGCCCAUAUAAAAACGUUUACUGA